AUGUCAAAGAGCAUCAAAGCCCUGAGUUUGAAAGGCAAACAGGACUGGAACACUUCCAUCUAUAGCUUUACUCGUAACGUACGCAACAAUCUUCUCUGGGAGAAGGACGGAGCAGCCAAACAGUCCUUAAAGGUCUACUUCCAACAAUACUUGACCUCCACCCCUGCAUUCCGUCAUGCUCCCUCAAGAGUCACCAUCCAAAUGUUCUACUACGCAGACCCCAACUUCUCCAACCUCCAGAACUUUAAGCUCGAACCUCUGGAAAAGCUCUUGUCGACCAUGUACCCCAACAAAUUCGUCGACCUUCGUUUCGUACGCGUCCACUACCCUUACAUGAAUGCCGAGAUUCUUGCACAGUACCUCACCGUCAAUGCCGAACGAUCCGGCUGGUCAAUGCUGACCCGCAAAUUCAUGAAGGGCGUACCGCUCGUGGCCAACGGACAGCUGACCUCGGCUAUCCAGGGUAUCAAGUACCAAGUAUCUGGCCGUCUCGGCCGUCGUAAAGGUGCUUCCCGUACUCAGGUUAUGCGCAAGUCACUCGGUACCUUCCAAUUCACCAGCCACAAAUCGCUUGUUGAUGUCGGUCGUCACACCUUUGCCAACAAGAACGGUAGUAUUACUGUCAAGGUCUGGAUUGCAUCAGCACUGUUUGGUGUCAAUGCGCUCGCAAAGAAGAUCACCCAAAAGGCAGCAGAAUCAGCCAAGCUUUAAAGAAAGAAAAAGAAAAAGAAAAAGAAAAGCAAACCCAAAAGCAAAAAAAAAUGAAAAAUAUAUAUAUACAUACAUAUCGAAACUGAAGCUUUUUCUUUCUAUUUUUUCUAUUAGAAGAAAAUAAUGUAUGUGGAAAAAGUAUACUUACAUAUAUAUAUAUUUGAUAGUCAAUAGAGAUAAAGGUGUUGAAUAGGUUUAAUGAAUUUCUUUUAUAUUUUUCUAUAUAAAUGUAUAUGUAUAUAUAUUCAGUUUG